GACGUAUUAUUACCGAUAUUUACAAUCAACUCUCUGAGUUAAAAUCUGAAUUUUGUGAUCCUUUAGAGGUUUAUCGUGGACAAUUAAUGAAACGUUUUGAAGUACUAAUGCUAAAAAAAAGUUCUGGUGGACUUGUAUCAGUAAAUUCGUUUUUCUCGACGAGUGAAGACAAACACGUUGCUGAAAUGUUUUCUGGACUAGGAGCCUCUCGUCCGUUUUUAGAAUCCGUACUAUUUGAAAUAAUGAUUGAUACAACAAUUAAGGCAAAACCAUAUGCAAAUAUUAAAACAGAACAUAUUCAAUAUGAAAAUGAAGUACUGAUGUCUAUCGGCACCGUAUUCCGCAUACAUUCUGUUAAUUUUGAUCCAAAAAGUUAA